AUGGCCGACCGCAGCGCUGGAGCUCCGCUGACGUGGCGGUCCUCUGCAGAUUCCGUGCUGAGGCCCAACAUCCGUCUGCUUUGCACGCUGGGACUGUGGCAGCCGGCGGACUCUGCGCUGUUCCACGCCUACACUGUGGCCGUGUUGGCGGUGGGCGUGGCGCACAUCGCCGUCGCCGCCGUCGGCAUCUGGUACCGGCCCGGGGACCUCGCCGAGGUCACCAUCGGGCUAGCCAAUGUUUUCGUCAUCUUCACCGCCCUCUCCAAGUCGCUGUUGUUCGUAAGCCGCCGGCCGCUCUUCUACGCGCUGGCGCGCCGCGUGGACCUGAUGACCGUAGAACAGCAGGCGUUUUGCACCGGCGACCCUACCAUCCAACAAGUGGUCUCAAUCGCCCGGAAGCGUGCCGGUCGGCUGAGCGUAUUCUUCCACUGGUACGUCUUGGUGGCCGACAUCUUGUGGUCGCUCAUUCCCCUGGUGCAGGCCUCCAAAGAGAAACGCUGGCCCUUCCAGCAGAUGCCGUUGGGCACCUGGGCGAGGUCGCCCUUUUACGAACUGUCUUACGUGCUGCAGUGCGCCUCCACCGUCUUCUUCUCCCUGAUCAGUGUGGACGUGGACUGCUUCUUUGUGGCCGUCAUGACCCACAUAACAGUCCAGCUGAGAAUCCUAACAUUCCGCUUGGCCACUGUUGGCACCGGAAUGAACGAAACUGUGAACGAACUGGACUGUCAGGCCUCUAGGCUAAAGGACGCCAUUCACGAGCAACUGCGCGCUUGCGUCGAGACUCAUCAGAAUCUCUUGAGUUCGCACGGACUUAUUUAUACCUGCGUUUUCAGUCCUGUUGUGCAUGUUCGGCUGGUGAGCUUCCUGAACGUCGUGAUGAGCCCCGUGGCGAUGCUGCAGCUCGCCGUCGGCGCCGUCAGCUCCUGCAUGGUGCUCUUCCCAGCCACAUACAGCACGGACAACGCAGCCGCCAUGAAGUGCUGGGCUGCUCUCCCAGUGUUGGGGAUCCAGCUGUACCUCUACUGCUCGACAGCGCACCACCUCAAGGACCAGGGGGAGGCAGUGUCGGGUGCGGUGUACAGCUGUGCGUGGCCCGAGAGCGGCUGCCGACUGCAGCGGUCCCUUCUGCUGGUUAUGUGCCGAGCGCAGAGGCCGCUGGAGCUCACCGCCGGCCGCAUGUUCCCCAUCAACAGGGCCACCUUCCUGUCGUUGGUGAAUGCGACUUACUCGUACUACACCGUGCUGAAAAAUGUGAACAACCACUGAGAAGAAAGAACACUAGUUUAUCACCUCUAACGACGGACCGCUUGCUUCCUCGUUCGUCAUUCAGCUCAUCCUGAGGCCUUAAGAUGCUCGACACGCUUGGCUCUCCAUCAGCGGACACGGAUCUUAUGGCAAAUGCGAUGAUGAUUCAUUUGUUAGAGCAGCACUGCGUCACCAAAUUACACUUAAUUCUACAAGGACAUUACGAUUAUAU